UUCUAAAUUUGUCAGCGCUGUCGUAGCUAAUAGGCGUAAAUUAUCUAAUCCUUUUGAUAAUACAAUUGUGCGAAGUAUAGUUCGGUUUACCAAAGAGGAUGCACGUUCUAGCUCUGUUAUUGUUAAAUAUCCUGGUUGGUUCUGAUGGCUGGACGGACACCAGGAAGAGAAGGUUCCCUCAGAACUUUCUCUUUGGAGCAGCGACAUCAGCGUAUCAAGUGGAGGGGGCUUGGAAUGAAGACGGCAAAGGUGAAAGCAUAUGGGACAGGUUUGCCCACGAUCAUCCAGAGAAGAUAACUGAUGGAAGGAAUGGAGAUGUUGCCAGUGACUCCUACCACUUGUGGAAGCGAGACGUGGAGAUGCUACGUGAGCUGGGCGUGGACUUCUACAGGUUCUCCAUAUCGUGGCCCAGGGUUAUGCCUACAGGAUUCCCAAGCAAAAUCAACGAAGCUGGCUUCAAAUAUUACGAUGACUUGAUAGACGAGCUCCUUAAGUAUGACAUUCAACCAAUGGUCACCCUCUACCAUUUCGACUUGCCCCAAGAUUUAGAAGAUCUAGGAGGUUGGACGAAUCCACUAUCCGUCUCCUGGUUCGAGGAUUACGCAAGGAUAGUUUUCAAAAGAUAUGCAGAAAAAGUCAAAUUUUGGAUUACUAUAAACCAACCUAAUACUAUUUGUAUGGAAGGCUAUGGAAGCAACCUCAUGGCCCCAGGACUUAAUGCAAGGGAUGUUGGAGCUUAUGAAUGUGUGAAGAAUGUCCUGUUAGCUCAUGCAAAGGCUUACAGGCUUUAUGAGAAGGAGUUCAAGAAGGAACAUGAAGGUAACGUCGGUUUUGCAGUGGCAGUUAACUGGUUCGAAUCAUUGGAUCAUAACAACACUGUCAAUAAGGAAGCAGCUGAGAGGGCGAGAGCGUUUGAGUUCGGCAUAUACCUGCACCCAAUCUGGUCUAAGGAAGGUGAUUUCCCUCCUACAGUCAGAACCAUAGUGGACAAAAAGAGUCAAGAACAAGGAUUCAAGACUUCCAGACUACCAAAGCUAUCUAACGAAGAAAUUAAGCUACUUAAAGGGUCAGCAGAUUUUCUAGGUAUGAAUCACUACACUACAUUCCUGGUGCAGCAUAGUAAGGAGAAGUUUGAGGGUCCUUCGGUGGAAGAUGACCGCAACACUAUAUACUCACAAGGUCCUGAAUGGAUUUCUGGCAAAUCUUCCUGGCUGAAGAGCGCCCCCUACGGUCUUUACAAAGCCUUAAUUCAUCUCAACCUUAACUACGACUAUCUUCCCAUCAUCAUCACGGAGCACGGCUGGUCCACCAACAAGGGUCUUGGGGACCAGUCCAGAGUGGACAAUAUGAGAGGUUACCUUGGAGCCUUACUGCUGGCUAUGGAAGAUGGGACUCAAGUCAAAGGGUACACUGUGUGGAGUCUUAUGGAUAAUGUCGAGUGGACUGCUGGUACCAGUGAACGCUUUGGUCUUUACGAAGUAGAUUUUGAAUCGGAAACCAAAGAAAGAACAGCUCGUCUUUCAGCGCUGGUCUACAAGCACAUCAUUGAAACAAGAGAUGUCGAAGAUGGAUGGAGUCCUAGCAGUUUGAAGAUAGAAAUAACGAAAAAGAAUUAUGAAAGGAAUUACAAUUAUAAAGGUGAAUUAUGAUGUUCUUGAUACUCUUAAAGCUAGCUGAGUUGCAACAACAGUUUUUUCUUCCAUUCUGUCCUAUCAGAUUUUAAAAUCUAUUAAAGACAUAAAUACAACACAGACUAUCAAAGUCAAAGUCAAAGUAAAAGUCAAUGUCAUUUUUGACAUUCCAAAUAAACUAGAAACAUGUAAGUACUUUUGAAAUUGGAAUAACAGUCUAUCAGUCUGUUCAUCAGUGAAGAUAUUUGCUCGUUCCAAAGUGUAGACUCGAAUGGAGAAAAACGAGUAAGAAACUCCAUAUUAUGUAGAUAUCAUUAUAUGUUUUUUGUUGCGUAUUUUAUGUGUGAUGCAAGAGUAGCCAGAAAUUAAAGUAGGUCUGUAGACUUUUUUAGAUUGUACUAUCUAUCAUCUAUUAAAUUUAUGUAACAUAUUUAUUAAACAAUGGCACACAUGGACAUUUAUUAAAGAGUAUUUGUUGUUUUGUUUUUAUUUUUCAACAAUCAAACAUUAUGUGAAUGGAAUUUUCUUAGUUAUCUUAGGAAUUAAUUGAUCUUGACCUAUCGCUAUAUACGUUGGGUCAAGCACAUGAUAAUAGUGUACCAAGGACCAUCAAUAAGUCCAUUGUCAUUAUUAUAAUUUAUAUAAUGUUGUGUGCGACAAACUUAAUUUAUAACUAGGUAUUUUAUAAAGCGUACUUAAGUAUUUUAUAUGCAAAAGACGUCGUCUUAAUGUGUUUUUGAAAUAAUUACUAUUCCUUUCACAAACUUCUUUUUUUGAACGACAUCAAUUAAAUAGCGUACGAACUAUUAUAACUUAAAGCUGAAACAAUCUAUGAAGUAGUUCGUAACAAAUAAGACAGAUGUCGCUAAACGAUAUUUACCAGUUGUGUGAUUUGGAAAGUAGAUGGCGCUAGUUGCUUUUAAAAUAUUAAAUUACUGUCUUUUUUCUACUAAUUAAAUAAAAGUUUUUUUUUUAUCUCUGAGUAUUUUUUUAAUUUUUGUCUAAGCAUCCUA